ACUGCCGAGCGGGGGAGGAGGCAGCCUAGCAGAAGCAGACGACGCACUGUAUAACACGUGUGUCAAGUCAAGCGCAUAGUCAGUGUAAAGGAGACUUUGUGUAUGUGUGUAGUACACCACUUCAUCCCUGUGAUUAAUGGUCCCCGUUGACUUAAAAAGUGAUUUUCAGUCUGUGAACGUCUUCAUCUGGCACUGGAGUGAUUCAUUACAGAACCAAGAUGCUACCCUACAAAGUCAUCAUGUGGGGGGGAUUGAGCGUCCUGACCUACGUCUACGUGGUUGGGGAACUGAGCCACUUCCUGCUGGGGAUCGUGUCGCGCCCCAUGGCGCAGGAGAUCCACUACGGCGACAAGGCCUGCCUCCCCAAUCCCGAGGUCGACCUCCAGUCCAGGGAUUGUCAGGACAUCAAGAACGUCACCGAGUGUGAAUUAUACCACGAGGAUGACUUCACGAAGCUCUGCGUCUGGGAUUAUUCGGGUCUGGGGAUUGAAUACCAGGUCCUCGCUGGGCCGGCUUUCGUCGCCGUGUUCACGACAGCCGGGGUCUUCAUAGGGUUCUUGGCUGAUCGAGUGAAUAGGAAAGUCGUAGUCUCUGUAUGUUGUGGUCUGCUAUGUCUGUCUACUGGACUCAUGGGGGCGGCCGUGUCGUAUUGGCAACUGGUCGGACUGAGAAUGUUAAUGGGGGCUGGAGAGUCUGCCUUCUCGCCAGUAUGUAGCAGUAUGAUAUCUGACAUGUUUCCUGAGUCUCAACGGGCAAUGGCCCUGGGUAUUUUCAACUGGGGCAUCUACUUCGGGUACGGAUUGUCCUAUGCUGUGGGCAACUUCAUAACGCAAGCUAAUAUCUCCGGGUUGGGUUGGAGAUGGUCCUACAUCCUGACCGGCCUGUUAGGAGUCCUGGCCACAAUUCUCCUCCUCUUCGUCCCGGAGCCCGUCCGUAACAGCCAGCUGAGCGGAAAAUACAUCGAAAAACACUCAGAGAAACCUGAGACGUGUAAGGAGGAAUGCCUCAGCACGGUCACCACUCCUCCAGCAGAGGAGGACCUGAACGAUCUGGCGUCGCCCACCAGCAGCGGGUCGCGCUUGGGUCUGUGGAGUGGGGACUCUGGACUGAAGCAAGUUUUGAAGUCUCUUCUCACGUUGCCUGUGAUCAUCAUUGCCGUUGCUGCCGGCACAAGGCACACUGCUGGGUUUUCGUGGGCCUACAACACACAGCUUUACUUCUCAACCUACUAUCCUGAUUUUAACCUCGGCCUCUGGGUCACUGGGUGCUCCAUCAUUGGGGGUUCCUUGGGAGUGGCAGUAGGAGGCUUUGUCUCCGACAGACUCGUCAAACGGAUUGGUCUUCGAGCGAGGUUGUAUGUCCUUGCAGGGAGCCAGUUGCUGGCGACGCCUUUUGCAGCUGGAGUCCUUUAUUUCCCUCCUCCAGGGGCCUUCUUCAGCUUACUAGGGGCUUAUUUGUUUGCUGAAAUGUGGUUUGGCGUCCUGUUCGCCGUGAUUUUGGAGCUCGUCCCAGCAACUGUCCAGGCGGCAGCCAUAGCUGUGUUCCUCUUCGUCAUGAAUAACAUUGGGGGGAAUCUCCCUGUGCUUGUGGAUCCUAUAACACGCGCCCUCGACUACCGCAGUGCCCUGCUUAUCAUGUACCCUGGAGGCUAUCUACUUAGUUCCAUCAUCUUUUUCAUAGCGAGCUUCUUCGUAUAAGGCUGGCACAAAUGACUCUGCAGAAAGUACAGUCUCUCUCGCUGAACGUAUAUAGGUGAGAACUCGGACCAUUAGGUUAUGACAAUGAAAGAUAGUCGGCGAAUGAAGAGAAGAAAGCCUAAUAUAUGUACUACUUUAUCCACAACAGAGUACAACUACUUACAAUGAAAAGACACAGGGCUGAAUUGUCCUGCCGAAAUAGAUCUCUACCUGCCUUCUUAGAAUGGGUACAAGUUGACAUUCCUAUGUUCACCGGGAGGCCAUUCACACCCUGCCCACCUAUUUCCUCAGCUGCCUGACCGUUGUCUUAUAUCUCAAUAAAUGCUGUGAUGUGUAUGUAUACACUUUGUAACACUUAAGAGCAAAUGCUUGUGCCUUAGCAGCUGUCUUUACUCAGUAAUGUGAAGGAGUGGUUGUUUGUGAGUGGCCUCGAACAAUAUGCACUGUGAUCGUAUUUCUCAGUGAAAACUAAGGAGAAUUAACAGGGGAGAUUGUAGUAUUUCUUAAUGAAGACUAAAUGGAAUUAACUGUUUGGAAAGUGGAAUUUCUUAGUGAAGACAAAGGAAAUAAUGGACGAGAAUGUAUCAUUUCCUAACAAGAGCUAAAGGAACUAACUACUUAUUGAGUAUGUAGUAUUUCUUAGCGAAGACAGAAAAAAUAAUAGGCAUCUACAAUUCUUUUCUGUCCAGAGGAGUACGUUUUCUUUUGAGCAUAUAUUUUUUUUUUAUUAAUUCUAGUGAAGGACUUGAUACAGCAUCUGUUAAAACAUUCCAGUAUUGAUAAUAAUAUUGUGCAAAAAUGGGGAAUAUGCAAUAUAGCUUUUAGUUCAGAGUAUGAAAGCACAAAACAAUCAAUCUAUAUGUAUAUACAUAUAAAUAUAAAUCAUAUAUAUAUAUAAAUUAUAUAUAUAUAUAUAUUAUAUAUAUAUAUAUAUGUAUAUAUAAUAUGUAUAUACAUACAUAUACACACAUGAGCGCUUAUACAUACACACCCAUGCUCAUACAUACAUACAAGAUGUAUACAAAAAUAUUCCGUACAACAUAAGCUUUGUGACGCUGACAUUGGAUUCUCAAACCAGCAGACUUAUUUUUGUAAUUUCACCUAUUCAGUAAUUUUAAGUUCUGUAUUUUGGUUUUUUGUAUUCAGACGGCCAAGUUGAUAAAAUGCAAAAUUCUGUGUCCACAUAUUUCAGGUUAGGUUGUUGUGUUUGGUUCGAUUUUUUGAUUGAAGUAUAAAUUUGGUUGGAGUGAGUGAAAAUGAAAUGAAAUAAGACGUAGAAUUAACAUCCAGUCCAAUAUUGAAUGAUAUUAAAAGAAAUUAAUGCAAUCUAAUGCAUUUAAAUGCUAGACUUGGAGUCAUGCUGCAUUUUGCCAAAGGGUAAUGAAAAUGGGAAUUGGGACAACUGAUGAAAAUCAAAGUAAAUAGAUUAAAUAGAUGGAAAAAAUGUCAAGAAUUAUGAAGCAAAAAAUGGAAGAAAAAAUUUAAAACUAUGAAAAUUGUUCGAAAUUUUGAGAAAAUGAAAAAAGUAGGGGCCUGUGAAAUUGUUGGAUCUAAAAAAAAGAAGAGGAAAAAUGAUAAAAGGAAGAUGGCAAUAUGUUGUUAUAAGGGCAUCAACUGUUUACUGUGAUCGUUGUUAUUUUUGUAAUAAAUGUUUUGUUACAAAUUUUGCAGUUUUCUUUGACCGAUCUCUCUCUCUCUCUCUCUCUCUCUCUCUCUCUCUCUCUCUCUCUCUCU